AAUCAUAAUACCAUAUUUUUAGAUGUUCAAUUGUUUGUAAUUACCAAUAUGGAUGCUAAGAUCAUGCUGAGACGGAGACUCUUCCAAUCAACAACAUGGAUGCUAUUCAUCAUGAUUUCGGUAGCAGAAGCUGUCAAGUUGAAUGAGCACAUCCUUCAUUAUGAGGGCUUGAAUUAUGAUACUGCACAUGUCAAUAUACAACAUAGGAGAGUGGCUAGAUCAACAGACAUUCAGCAAAGAGUGGAAAUUAAAUUCAACGCACAUGGAAGAGAUUUUCAUUUAAGGUUGAAGAGGGAUGUCAGCACUUUUUCAAAGGAGUUCAGAGUUGUGACAUCACAAGGGGAGAUUCCCAUGCCAUUUCAAGAUGCCCCUAUGUACAUUGGUGAAUUAGUCGAUGAAAUUGAUACGUAUUGUCAUGGGACUGUCAGAGAAGGGAAAUUUGAAGGGCGUAUCCAAAUUCCUCAAUCCCAAGAGUAUUAUUCGGUGGAGCCAUCAAGUCGGUACUUGGAAGGUGCUGACUUUCAUUCCGUCAUAUAUAAAGAUGAAGAUGUUGUCCAAGCAGAGACAAAAGAUGAUGGUCUGGGCAGUUGUGGAGUAAAAGGAGAAAUAAAGAAAAGAAUGGAUGAAAAACUCAAGAACUUGAGACACUCUGAAGCUGAUGUUCAUGAUGUUCCAUAUCGCAAGAAAAGACAGACGAUUAAUGAAGAUGAACAAACAUGUUCUCUCUUCAUUCAAGCUGAUCAUACAUUUUAUGAAAGGCAUGGAUCUGUUAGUGCAGUUGUCACUCAGAUAGGUCAGCAUGUUCAAGCAGCCAAUGCUAUCUAUGGUAACACAGACUUUGGUGACUACCGAAACAUCUCAUUCAGUGUGGAAAGAUUAAGGGUAUGGACCCCUGAAGAUAUUGGUAGAACUUCUUACCUAUUUGGCAACAACUACAUUGGUGUUGAAAAAUUUCUGGAUUUAGCUUCAACAGGAAACUUCAAUGCCUACUGCCUUGCCUAUACAUUUGCAAAUCGUGACUUUGCUAAUGGCGUGCUUGGUUUGGCUUGGAUCGCAUCAUCUUCAAGAUUGAGUAAUGGAGGUAUCUGUGACAAGCAAGCAUCUAAUGGCCAAACACUAAAUACAGGAAUAGUAACAACAAACAAUUAUGAGUCUAAUGUCCCUCCUCUUGUCUCACAUUUGACCUUUGCUCACGAGAUCGGACAUAGCUUCGGCUCUCAGCAUGACCCUGGUGUCCCUGGUGAUGCCUGUGUGCCUGGUGGAGCUCUUGGUAACUACAUCAUGUUCUCACACUCAUCGGCCGGUAACCUUGUCAACAAUCAGAGGUUUUCACCCUGCAGUAUAACUACCAUCUCAAACAUUCUAUCUACUGUCUUCCUUGGAUACAGUAAAACAAACUGCUUCAAAUCUCAAUCAGACAUCACUUUCUGUGGGAAUGGAAUCACUGAGGAAGGAGAAGAGUGUGACUGUGGGUAUGAAGAGGAGUGUACUCAUAGCUGCUGUGUGCCACAGAAUGCAGAUCAUACACAACCCAAUGCUUGCAGACUAGCAAACCAAGCACAAUGCAGCCCGACUGAGGGAGUGUGCUGUGAUUCAAGUACCUGUACUUACAAGGCAAGUAGUGAACAAUGUGAACAGAGUGAUGAAUGUCAUGGACCAGCUUUCUGUCCAGGGGACUCCUCGAUAUGCCCUGUACCAACCCCUGAGGCUGAUCUAACUCAGUGUGAUAAUGGAAGAAAACUCUGUCAUAAUGGGGAAUGUACGAGGUCUAUAUGUUUUCUUCAGAAUCGUAGAGAAUGCCAGUGUACAGAUGAGGCUGAGCUAUGUGACUUAUGCUGCUUAGAUGAUAGAACGAAUCUAUGUCUAAGUUCAUAUAGACUAGGUCUACCUCCAGGCCAGGCUGAACCAUUGAAGACCGAUGCUGGUUCACCAUGCGGUGAUUACAUGGGAUAUUGUGAUGGUUUUCAUAACUGUAGAGAGGUUGAUGAAGAUGGUCCUCUAGCUAGUAUCAUCAGAAAGAUCUUCUACAGUGAUGAACCACAACUGACAGAUGCGAUUAGGGAGUGGCUGACGACCUACUGGUAUGUUGUCUUAAUCAUUGGUAUUGCCAUCAUAAUCCUGAUGAUACUCAUCGUGGUGCUGUGUAACCGGGUCAUCCCCACUGAUAAUCCAUGGGAUCAAGAGGUAGAACGAUUUAAGAAACGUUCCAGUGUCUACGUCAAGCUGCAACGUAAGCGUUACCGUGGCAGCAUGGCUCCCGGUAUGCAUCCGCCCCCUAUUGAAUCGCAUCCUGAUCACCUAGUAGAGGAUAGAGCUACGCCAUUCUAGUUCCUUGGUUUGUGCUUUAUAGUAGUAUAUGUGCUUUAUAGUAUUGAUGUGUGUGAACACAUGCUGGAUAGGAGUUUAAAUCAGAUAUAAGAGUUUUUAGGGCUUGGUAUUUUGCUUGCUAACAUGAGAAGUGUCCUGUUAAAAAUAGUUAAAAAGGGGAUACCCUAAGUUUAACCAAUGAUCUUCAUUCAAAAAUGCAUAUUUAUUAAUAUUAAAAAACAUUUAAAAAGUUUUGUUAUCAUGUUACCAAGAAAUUAUUAAAAUAUGGUAUUAAAGGUAUCAUUAAAUACAAAGCUUCUCUUUAGUCCCAGUUUCAACUGCAAGUAACCAUAUGGUGUCAUUAUGGUAACCUUGUGCAAUUUCAGCAAAAAAGUGCAAGAGGUAUUCCAUUUGUGGUGUAUAGCAUGCAAGCAUCAUCACAUAUCGGUACUAUUUGUGAUGUACAUCUUGCACAAAUUAUUAGUUAUACCAUUACCAGGGACAAAUGUAUGCCAAAGUUGAAGGACAAGUCCACCCUAACAAAAAGUUGAUUUCAAUAAAAAGAGAAAAUUCCAACAAGUAUAACACUGAAAAUUUCAUCAAAAUCGGUUGUAAAAUGUACAUCCGAUUUUGAUGAAAUUUUCAGCAUUAUGCUUGUUAGAUGAUUAAUAUCAACAUUUUUCUGGGGUGGACUUGACCUUUAAUUAACUGUUAUAUAGUGACUGUUUUUAAGAAUAGUCCCAAUAGAAUUUCAGUGGAAAGUAACAGAUUUUUAGAUGAUAUAUAAGGAAUUGGGUGGGAUGGUUUAAGUAUGAAAUUUGUGAGAUUUGACAAUCUAGUACAAAUAUAGUCAAAUGGUUUCUUGAUUUUUUUUAUUAGGUUUCGG